AUGACAAUUGAAGAUCAAAAUGAACAACAUGAACCAAUGUUACAACAUGAGAGUCUAAUUGAGCAAAUUGAACACAUGGAGCCACUUGCUAUUGGAGAUCAAAGAUUAGAAAGAAAGAUUGGAUGGAUUCAAGGAGCUAUGGUGAAUGUUAGUUAUAUAAUUGGUGCUGGCAUAUUUGUUGGACCUGCACUUACUCUACAAUUAGUUGGGUCAGGUGGGAUGAAUUUAAUUAUCUGGCUUAUAGGUGCCUUUGUUGCUUUCUCAGGAACAUACACUUUUAUGGAAUUAGGAACGAUGCUUCCUCAAGUAGGCUAUUUGGAAUAUUGCUAUAGAGAACCUAAAUAUCUUUUGGCUUAUUUAUUUACUUAUUGGAGUCUUAUGAAUAGAUCUAGUGGAGUUGCUUCACAAGGCAUUGUAUUUGGUGGUUAUAUGAAUUAUGCAAUUUUUGGAGCAACAUAUAAAUCACAUUGGACAGAAAGAGGAUGGGCAUUGUUAAGUGCAACUAUCUUAGCAGUUGUAAAUAUUGCAUCAACAAAAGCAACAAUGAAAAUGAUGGGAUUUUUGACAGUAGUGAAAUUAACUAUACUCUUAUUAAUUGCCAGCAUUGGUUUGUGUGUUUUAAUAAACAUUUUACCAUCAGAAGUCGAUGCAAGCUUAAAUUUAUCCUUUUAUGGAACAACACAUAAUAUUGGACCUUACGCAUCUGCAUUGUAUUAUGUUAUGAAUAGUUAUAGUGGAUGGCAUAACUUAAAUUAUAUUUUAGAUGAAGUAAAGAAUCCUAUAAAAAACUUACCAAAAGCUUCUGCUGCAGCUAUAUUAAGUACUGCAUCACUUUAUAUUUUAUCGAAUAUAGCUUAUUUGAUCGUACUUCCCUUGGAUGAAAUGAAGAAUUCUGAAUUUAUUGUAGCUGCUGCAUUUUUUACGCGCGCUUUAGGACAAAACUUUGCCUCUACGAUAUUACCUAUCUUUAUCGGUCUAAGUGCCUUUGGCUGUGGAGCUGCUAUCAAUUUUUCAGCUGGCAGAGUCAUUAUGGAAGUCGCUAGACAAGGUCUUCUGCCUUAUGGUCACAUCUUUGGAAAAGUGAGUCCCAAAAUUGGCAGUCCUGUAAAUGCAUAUCUUUUGCAGUAUAUAUUAUCUAUCUUAUUCAUAGUAGGUCCACCUCCAGGCGCUGUUUAUCAGUUUAUUGUUGCUUUUGCUGCGUAUCCGGUUUAUGUGUUUUAUUUCUUAAUGGCAUUGGCUGUUCUAAUUUUAAGAAGACGUGAACCUUUUAAUAGAAGACCUAUUGUUUCUCCAUUAGUCUGUGUAUAUGUUUUUUUGGCUUUUACGGCUUACGCACUGGUAUUUGUUUUUAUACCAGUGAAAAAUCAAUAUUAUCCUUACUGGGUUCCAUACAUAUCAGCUAUAUUAGCAAUGAUUGCAUGCACUGUAUUUUGGUAUUAUCAAAUUGUGAUUAAAAAGUCACCAAGCAAAUCAUAUAACGAAUCUAUCAGAAAUCAAGGUCAUGCAGCCAUUGAGCAAGAAAUAUUUAGAGAAUAUACUUCAAUACCAAACACUGAUGAGUUUCUAGAAUUGCCGACUGAUAGGGGACAGACAACUGUAUUGAAAUUACCAAAGUAA